GAAGGGAGCAACACCUACCAUCUUCGUCAAUGACUGCUCCCUGAGAGCCCGGAUGAAUAUGACAACAAACUCAACAGGUGGUUGAGAAUCGACACAUGUUUAACUUCACGCGAACUUACACACCACGAAACGCCGGCAUUGCAGAUGAUAUGGUACAUGGGGAUGAGACGGGAGCUUUGUCGACCUAAGGUGAUGUGAUGUCGGGAGAUAAACCUCUACAUGAGUUACUGACGCCAUCUCACAGCCCGACCUGCGCCAGUAAACCCACACAGCUUACACUAUCACCACACAGGGCUGAUUUGAGAAGGAGAUCUAAAAGCCCGAGUUCACUACACCAGGCUACUCAAGUGCGACAGACACCUUGGGAAAACUUAAGCCAAGAAAAACUUGUCAGUACGUGGGCUGUUCACGACGUGGAGCAGUGGGUCAGGUCGAAGCAGCUGCACAAGUUCCUCCCUGCUGUGAACAAGUAUAAAGUGACAGGAAAGGACCUAAUAAAUUUGAAUCUCAACUUUGUAUAUGACAGUGAUGUCUUACCAGUGGAUCGAGAAGACCUGUUGUCUGAAGUAUACAAUCUCGUAUCUCCCGGCCAGGUGUCAGGGAAAGUAGAGAGGAAGACUCGCUACAGUAACGCUCAGGAACAAGAGAAAUAUGCUGCAGCUAUGCGUAUAGCUCGAUGUCGGGAUAGAAGUAGUUCACCCUCCCUAGUUGUCUUUUCACGCAGUCCCUCACCAGGGGGCGCUUCGGUUCUCUCGGUUCCUGCAGGUAAAACAAGGUCAAGGUCAGAGUCUGGGGUGGAUGGUAUGUGGUCGGACUCCACUCCCACUGCCUCACCUGCCAGGAAGUAUCUGAAGCGCAAGUCCACUCCUAAUGCUCUGUUGGCUGCUAAGGGCCUCUCAAGACGGCCGGCCCUGUUCGAUGUGUUUCGAGCCAGUGGACCACAGUGUGUCCAGUGUUACAUCAUCAAGCGAGGGCAGGACGGGUACGACUUUGUGUGUGACGUCGCCAGCCACGGUGCAGUAGUUGUCAGGACUGUCUCUGAAACAUCCCCCUUAAGGGUUGCAGACCUAAUACUGGAAAUGAAUGGGAUAUCACUUAUCAGGGGAGACAACUCUUCCUCUACAGAACUUUUGCUGGAGCGAUUGAUGCUCAAGUCUGAUCAACUGCAAAUGGUGGUUGCUAGGCAACACAGAAGGAGUUCGGUGACAGAGUUUAACGACCCACGGAACACAGACCUCAAUUUUAAGUUGAGUACAUCUGAGCACCGAUGGCAGCAGCUCAGGGACUUCCUGGUCGACCUCAAGUCUGAGAAUGUAGAUCCAAAUCAGGAGAUCCAGAACACAUCCGCUGAGCACAUCGACAGCGUGAAGGACAGCAUUGCACUUCAGGAAGAAGUUCAACAACUGCAAGAAGCCUUGUCAGGCCAUGCCACGAAGGUCAGCGGCCUUGAGAAAGCGCUUGAAGUCAAGGCUGGUGCUUUACUUAAUGUGGAGAGACAGCGAGAUGUUAUCUUGGCAAAACUAGAAGCAAUAACACUGGCCAAGUCAAACAAGAGCCCAGGCCCCCUGGUGUCAGACACAGAUGGGGACAGUCUGGGUGUGGGUCUGUAUGCAGAGCUGAUGGAGCACCUGGACCAGGAGACUGCAUCUAAGGAGGAGGUGUUGCAAGCUUUGAGAGAGACAGUGAAGGAAGCGACAACACAGAAGACGUACCUGGACAAGUUGAUGUGUGUUGUGGUGGAGGAGGCAUCAUGGCUGCUUGACAUCAUCAACACCGACCUUGCUGACCUCAGUGUGCAAUCACAUGACAGCAACGAGGAGUUCUGCUGAGAGUUGUCUCCCUUCACUGGCAGUCAUGGAGAAUUGACACAAGAAAUGGUUCUAUUGAUUUACUUGCCAUGAAACAGUUUUAGUGCCUUAGGUCACAUUUAGAAUAAUAGAUAUUUCUGUUGUUAUUAAUCAGUGUACUGUUGGUUUUGUUUUGAUUUGCCUUUUAACUUACCAGGCCCACAAUGGCAAACUUGAGUUUGCCUGUUGUAACAAUUCUCUCUCCUUUCCAUAUUUAAUACCUACUGCAUUGAUUGCAGUUUUGAUAUUUGAAUUCAAAUAUUGUCACAAUAUGCCUUAACCAGUGGGGUCUGCUAGUCAUAGGUUCAAACCCUAGACAGAUACAAUUAUGGUUUUUGGAGACGUUGUUGACUCCGGUACUACAGCAAUGAACCCCAGGUGCCUUUCUGUAUUCACAAAUGAGUCAUUCAAGUUAGCCAACACUUUACCAUUAGCGCUAUCACAAAUUAUUUGUUCUUCUUUACCUUGUGACCAGCACCUGAUUGUUUGCCUUUAUACGCAUGUGCGGUUACAAGUUUUCUGAGAAACUCAUCUUGUACCGAUUUGCCUCAAAUAACAUUGGUUUGAUUUUUAAGUGAGGUGAGAUAGCCAGCGCUAAUCCUAACUCACAACACAUUGGAUCAUAAAGGGGUGUUUGAUAGGCAAGGGUGAAGAAUGCUGGGCAUUGUGGAAAAGUGUUUGUUUGGACAGGGGACCCAAGGGAUUGAUUUGGGGGUAACCUACCCUACACAACUAACCUGAAGGAUUGAAGAUGCAUCUGAGAUCAGUGGAGCAAGAGCUUCUGUCGAGCCAAUGAGUGCUAUCUAUUUAGCUGUGCCCGUAAACUGCAGUGUUGCUAAUUUUUCAUCUGGUGCGUAGUUUUAGUACUGCCUUGUAAAGUGGUACAUCAUGUUGAGUGAGGCUGAAAAAGAAAUACUGUUGAUUCUCAGACACUACCAGAUCGGUUAUAACAAAAAAUAUAAGCAUUUCAGAUCUUCAUUUUAACUAAAAAGAUAUCUGUAUUAUAUAAAUUAAUAGUUUUUGUUUGUUUUGGUGUUCCGGUUACAAAUUGAUUAGGCACCCAGGUUAAAUCUGCUUAUGACAAAUAGAUGCUGCCUCCUUGUUUACAAAUUCUUUGGAUCUUCAAAUAACUUUUGUUGGUCACGAUACUGGUGAGGAUUAGAUAUUUUUUAGAACUGUGAAGAUCCGGGGUAGAAUAGGUCUUCAGCAACCCAUGCUUGCUGUAAAAGGCGACUAUGCUUGUUCUAAGAGGCGACUAACAGGAUCAGGUGGUCAGGCUCGCUGACUUGGCUGAU